AUGAAUCCCACCGUCCGAUCAACCAACUCCCCCGGGCGUGCAACACGCCCACCUGCCCCCGUCUACCGCCAUCCACCCCAACCCCGGCCACAACCACCUUCGGACGACGACGACGACGACGAGCUAGACUCCGAUGACGACGAAUUGGCCCGCCCCGGAUCUUCCGGCAGCGAUGCGUCUUCAAACGUAACCACCGUCUCCGCUGCACCAAUAACCCCGAUCAAUACACAUGCCCCCGCCGCAGGCUACUUUUCACCUCAGAUGCGAUCCGCCUCGGCCACUACCUCUCCCCAGCACGCCGCUCGCGCCAUGCCACAGGACGCUUCGAGUGGUCGUAGGCCAUCUGGCCGCGGCCCGUCGAUUGAAUUACCUCGUCAUCGGUCAAGACAUCAUUCACAGGGCUUUUUUGAGCCCUCAUUGCCCACCGCUUCAUCAGAACAGAUGCCGCCUGUGUCAGCCUCCCGCAUCGCUGCUCAGGCGGCCAUGCAGCAGAUGAAACGACCGCAAACCCAAGUCCCCACGUUCGACGAUAACGCAUCUCGAGUCUCGCGGCGCAGUGGGAGUGCCUCUCCUCCCCUCAUGCCACCCCCACUACGAAUAAACCAACCAUCUCCGUCACUCCCUCCGCCAACAGCACCCAAUGCGGCCACGACUGCGGCGAAUGUGGUUUUCCCGCGGGCUGGGGCCUCACCAUUGGAUACACAAUUGCCCGAGAAGCAGAAGAAGAAAAAGCUAUUCUCGAAACCGAAACAUAUUGGAAUCAGCCGAGACAAGGACAGUCGGGAUCGCGGGUUACCCUCCCCCAGCAAGCUCCCAGGCUUAUCGCGGAUAGUCAGCGCGUCAACGACCAGCCUGGCCGACCUUCCUUCGAACAACUCCUCCAUGUACAACCUCUCCAAUGCCUCUGUUAGCACAGUCGUCCCCGCCGAUCGACCGCCCGCACUGCCAGAGAAGGAUAAAGACAAGGAUAAGGACAAGCAUAAGCACCAUUUCUUGUCUCGGCAGAAGCUCAAGCUCAAGGACCGAGAUGAUCAUUAUAAUCUGCCGCUCUCUUCGGCAUCAAGCAACUCGCGUCCAGCGGAUCCAAAUGCGCCGCAGUCUUUGUAUUCCUUCACUAGCCCUGCUUCGCCCGCGCCGGGUGCCACUUUUGGAAAGUCGGUCAGUGGGCUGGAUCUACUGCAUGGGGGACGGGCACUUCGCGAGAAGAAAAAGGAAGAGAAAGCGCUAGCCGAGUCUGAGACUAUGGAAUGGCUUGCGAAUUCUACAAGUGGGCCAGCAACAGCCGGAGCAUUCGCUGGUCCGUCCUCGCUGAAUAGCACCUCUGGAGUGCUGGGCGAGGCUGUCCUACGAGAGACACUGCAGGGAUUUGGGUUGAACAACAUGUCACCUGAGGAUGCCUGGGACUUUCUCAAGGCCAAGUUACUUGUCAUUUUUGACGGUGAGGAUGUGCGAAUCGCUAUUGAAGAUUUGAAUAAGCUGGUGUUAGUCCAUCUGCAACGUUGCGUGCAUAAGCGAGCGCCUGCUGCGGUGAUUAUGGAUCUUCAAGAGCUCCUUGAGACGGGAUUUGCAACGUUGAAUCACAGCUCGCUCAUCGGCAUUCCUGAUGAAAAACUUGUACCGCAUCUCGUUCAAAUCUGGAUGCUAGUGUUUGGCACGAUCUUGCCUUUUAUUCAGGCUGUUUUCUUGCCACUGGAUCUCGAGUUCAAGGGCCUCGGGACGUUGAUGACUACUCGCGAGGCUCGCGAAUUCUGGGGGGCCCUCCCAGCUGGCGGGUUCCUCGAUGUGCGGAAUCUCGUCCUGAUCGCGUUCCGUGAUCGGAUCAUCUUGAACCGCUACGAGACGUUGAAAGCGACAUUCUCGCGUCUCAGUCUCGACAGCAUCAACUCUGGAUUCCCAACGUUGAGCGUCACCGCAAAAAGCACCGGAGUCGGUGGUCGACCCGGCACCGCCGCCUCCCUCGACGCCGGACUGGGCAGCUACAACUCCCAGUCUUCGACCUUGCUCAGCACCGGCAUUGCAGACAGCUACUCUUCAGACUCGAUGAGCGCACUAGCCCGCCCACCAAGCAGCGAUUCCCGCAGCCGCGCCGCAUCCAACACCUCCUCAAACCCAGACCCACUCAUCUUCUCCUCCAUCUCACCCCAAACCUCCAACCAACGCCCAACAAUCAUCCACCGCGCCAACUCCGCCGACUCCUCCCACGUCAUCACCGAAACAGUCGGCCGCAUGCUCCAAUGCGUCAGCGUCCUCGCCAGCGUCCAAACAGACGACCCCUCCCAAGAGAAAAUCGAAAUCCUCAGCAAAGCUCUCAAACACAACUGGCUCGGCCGCGGCCGCACUGGUCGUGACCGACGUGGGUUUGUCGGUGCCAAAAUCCGUCCUGUCAUGGUGGGCGGAACACCUAGCCUGGGUGAUGGGGAAUCUCUCACGACGGCGGGGAUUAGUAUUGGUGCGAGUACGAGUACGAGUGGUUCUCGGGGACGAGGCGAUUCGUCUUCGUCGGAGUGGAGUGGUCAGGGUACAGGCGGGGGGAGACGAGAAUUGGUUGUUCGUUGA